AUGGAAUUCGCCGGUCCGGAACCAGAAGUCCCGUGGGAUAUCGAGGGAGAGGCUCCCGUGAUACGAAGCGACCCUUACCUCGUCGACUCUACCCAGCUGGGGCACCAGAUCUAUUUCUACGACCCUCGAGCGAAAACAUCGACAACAGAGAUCGAUGGCCACGCUGAAACCGCGGGUGGAGAACAGCAGCAGCAGCCCCAAGAGCAAGAAGAGCAACCACCGACCCCCGACCCAGACCUUAUCAUCGUCUGCUCGUGGAUGUACGCCCAAUCGCGCAACAUUGUCAAAUACACCAAGCAGUAUCAGACCCGGUAUCCAUCGUCGCCGAUCCUGCUCCUGCGACAAGACGGGGGGGACUUCUCCUUCCGCACGCAGGCCCAGCAGAUGCGGAACCUGGAGCCGGCGGUGUCGCUGAUUCGGGAUCUCGAGGCGGCGGCGGCGGCGACGGCGACAAAGAUGAAGGGAACGACGGGGAAAGAAACUGGUGGUGAGAAGGAGAAGGAGUUCAAGGUCCUGAUGCACAUCUUCUCCAACGGCGGCGCGUGGAGCGCGUGUCAACUUGCAGAUGCGUACCAGCACUACCACUCCCAGUCCCGACACCAGCACCAGCGGGCGCAACAGCAGGACUUGUCAACAGCAGCAGCAGCAGCUACCACGUCCUCUUCUGACGAAGCGCCCCACCACCACAUCCUCCCCAUCACCGCCCUCGUGCUGGACAGCACACCUUCACUUCCAGACCCGAACGCCGCCCACACCGCCAUCUGCGAAGCCCUGCCCAAAUCGCCCGCGGCUGUGCGCGCGCUCGGCAGCGCCCUGGUAUGGGGAUACCUGGGCGUUACACACGCCGUGGAAGUCGUGACGGGGCGCGAAAACGUGACGCUGUCACUGCGGCGCCGGCUCAUCGACCCACGCGGCGCCUUCUGUCGCUGUCGCCGCGUCUACAUCUACAGCCAGGCCGACGCGCUCAUUCCGGGAGGAGACGUGGAAUUGCACGCCCGCGAGGCCGCGCACGUUCUGCCUGGUGGUCCCGACAUGGUGCGGCUCGAGGAUUUUGUCGUCUCGCGCCACGUCGGGCACGUCUUGGCCGAUCCCGUCAGGUACUGGGCCAUUAUCGCCUCGAUCUGGGGAGAGGCGACGCGGUAG